GAUUGUGAAAAAAAGCGAAUCAGAGUUUUGAAUAAUUUUUUUUGUUCUGAUAUAUAAGUCCCCAUAUAAUUUCCAGUACCGUAAUCUAGGCCUGCAAAAGGUUAUACUCUUUAUUCGGUGAGUAUAAGUUUUGGGUCCGUUGGCAUCAACCAUUCGUGUCGUACGAUGGUGGAUCUUUAACAGGUUUUGAUGCCUUCUAAUGGAGUAUAGUUCGCAUUGAAAACGCCUGCUACAUUUGUUAAAGCAACCGCUAAAUGUAAUUGUUUUUAUUUUGGUUCAGUCUGCUCUUAGUUCAAACCACGUGAAUGUUUUCAUUUGUUUAGUUGCCUGAUUUAUAAUAAUAUAUCUAAGUGAAGGCCAUUCAGGGAGAAUUAUUACAUAUAUUAUUAAAUAAUAUAGCUGAUGUAAUAAUAAAUUGGAGUUAUAAAUGCUUAUAAUGGUGACACCGUAUAUUACUUAAAACAUGGUGAAAUCUACAGUAUAUUUUGGUCUGACAAUCACUACUGUAGCUCACUAAUUCCAACUUUAUUUGAUUCAUUUUUUCCUCCAAAUUUAUCAAUACGUACAGAAAGAUGUAUCGAUUUGAAUACUUCAGUGAACGGUAGAAAUUUCUCAUUGUUAUAUGUGAUGCAAAUAUAUUACGACUAAUAUUUUUUCUCGAUAGAUUUUUGAUUAUUGAGACUACUUUAGGUGACUAAUCUUUUUCCAUUUCAACUUCAAGUCUACUGUGUAUUAACUGCCUGUCUUUAAAAUCAAACUACUCUGAUUGAGUAGGAAUGGCAGCGAAAUAUUUAUUCCAUGAACCCGGAAAACGGUUGAAAACCAAAAGGCAUGCAUAACAUGCGACUCAUAAUAUACAUAUAUACUUAUAUCCGCCAAUGAACGAUAAUAAUUUUAUAAUAUCUUUUUUUAUUAAAAAAAAAUGGUGUCACCUUCUAGCCUUUGCACUUUCAUAUCUUCAUAAAAUGCGUAUUAUUUGUGUAAAUGAAGCUCAACUCCUCAAAGUAUGGCUUGAGGCAAGAAAUACCAUCCAUGAAAUCAAUAAACAUUGAAAAAUCAACAAAGAAGCUUGAUAUUAAAUAUUAACUUAUAAUAGGUAGAUAAUAUAAUGCCGUGUGUCUUCUAAACGGAUUUCCAAAUUGCAAUGCAGUCAACUCCAUAUUACAGACAACUUUUAUGGAAAAACAUUAAGAACAAGAUAUCCUAAGCAAUUUCUGAUUUUGGAAGUCCAAAACAUCGCACUUGAAAGAUAUGUUGGCCUGAUGAAAUUCACGACAUCUAGAUUCUUCUUAAUGUAAAUACUUAUUAUUAUUACUAAUAUUAUCUUAAGAGUAAUAUUUAUAAAAUAUCUUCUUGAUGAUAUUUAUUUGUGUUGGAUUUGAUAUCAUGAAGAUUUGUAACCUGUGGAAGAUCACGAAGAAAAUCUUCAUGACUUUGUAGAAGAUGGAAUAUAUGUUGUGGGUUUUAAUAAUUUAAUUCCAUGGUUUCGAUUAUCUUAUUAUAAAAAUAUUCCUAUCUCGCUUAUUAUAGUGUUUCAAAUUAAAUUAUUUUUAUCACUAUAUCCAUAUUCUUAUACGUAAAUUGAAUCAUUCUUAAUGCGUUCCCGUACGUUUGUCAAUAUAAGCUCUCCUGCGGCAUGCAUUUCACUUUUUCCCAAAACUGUUUCCGAAUGCCAGGAACUUGUUUCCGCUGCAAAAAAGCGUGCCCUUGCGUCUCUUAAAGAUAUUUAUGAUGUUGGCAAGGAAAAUCGCACGUUCGAAAACACCGCUGAGUGUCUUGAUAUCGCCAUUACUGAGUUAGACAUCUCUACAAAUCUUCUUUCUGUCAUAGCAAAUGUAUUUCCAUCUAAAGAGGUACGUGAUGAGUCCAUAGAGCAGAUGAAAGAGUUGAAGAUGUUUUCCAUUAUCCAUUUUGAAUCAAAUCGACAGCUUUAUCAUGCUUUAAAAGAUGUCCAAUCGAAUGAAGCGUAUCAAACUGAGUACGUAGGGAAAAAAGGUCGAAAUGCAGAGUAUGCAUUCUGGCUUGAGGAGACAUUGGAUAAAUAUAAGCGCGGGGGAAUGGAACUUCCAGAACCUGAAUUUCAGAAUGUAGCAAGCUUGAAAAAGGAUAUCAUGGAGCUGUGCACAGUAUUUCAACAAAAUAUCAAUGAGGACGCAACGGAGCUUCAAUUUCCCACAGAUGCAUUGAGAGGUGUAUCGGAGAGUGUUGUGAAUUCGUUAAAGAAAGGGGAUGAUGGUAAACAUAUUCUGAAAUUGGAUUACCCAACGUUCUUUGAGGUCAUGGCGAAUUGUGAAAUUGCAUCUACGCGCCAAGCUAUGUUCAUUGCUUUCAAUAACAGAGCUUAUCCACAGAAUGAGAAUGUUUUGCGUGACAUCAUUCAUAAGCGGCAUCAGCUUUCUGUCUUACUUGGCUAUCCCUCUUAUGCUCAUCUUAGCUUGGCUGACAAAAUGGUGAAGUCACCUGAUACUGCGCAGAGUUUUGUGGACCGACUAAUCCCGAAACUGCAAAAGAAGUGGGCAGAUGAAAUUGAAUUAAUAAAGAAGCAUCUACAUCCAAGUUGUUCUCUUAUUGAGGGUAACAUUCAGUCCCACGACAUCACUUUCAUGAAAAAUCAAAUCGAUAAAACGCUUUUUAACGUGGAUGAAGCAAAAAUUCAGGAAUACUUCCCGAUGAAUUCUACUGUGAAAGCCCUUUUCAGUAUUUAUCAGGCUUUUUUUGACCUUACAUUCAGUCGAAUUGACAAUGGGAGCGAGCUGUGGCACAAGGACGUCUUCACACUUGAAGUUAAAGAUAAUCGAACUGAGAAGUUGCUUGGGUACAUCAUUCUCGAUCUGUUUCCCCGCGAGGGAAAGUACACCCAUGCUUGUUGUCACACUGUGGUACCACCAGUGCGUCUUAGAAACAGUGAGAAUGAAUUUUACCCGUCACUUUCUGUCGUCAUUGCGAACUUUCCAGCAGCAACCAAUGAUCGGCCCUCACUAUUUCUACACAGGGAUGCACAAACAUUUUUUCAUGAAUUUGGGCAUGCUAUUCAUAGCCUCAUGGGCCGCAGCCAAAUGUCAACGUUCGCAGGGCUUCAAGUUAAGCGUGACUUUGUGGAAUUGCCCUCGCAAAUGCUGGAGGAAUGGUUGUGGGACUCUGAAAUCUUACAAAUGGUGACGUGCCACUACGAGACUGAGGAAGCUUUGCCGAAAGAACUUAUAGAGGUUAAGAUUCGCUCUAAAAAUUCUUUUAUCGGUUAUGACAUGUUGCGACAGUUGUGCUUUGCGUCGUACUCCCUCAGUAUUUUCGGUAUUCCAUUUUCGACUCAGCCGAUCGACAGGCUCAAUACUUCUGAACUUUUCUACGCUACUCGGUCCCGCAUUGCUCCAGGUGUGAGCGACGUGGGGGACACUCACUUUGAAAAUUCUUUUGGCCACUUACUUGGGUAUGGAGCUGGCUACUAUGGCUACAUGUGGUCGAAGGUUUUUGCGUUGGAUGUAUUUAACUACAUAAAAUCCCACAACGGCUUAAUGGAUCCUAAAAUAGGUCGCCGGUAUGUGGAUAGCAUCAUUGGGGUUGGGGGUGGCCGAGAUCCAAACGAGUCACUUCGUGAGUUCUUGGGUCGCGAACCAAACGAUGAUGCCUUUUUCCUAAACAUUGGCAUUUAA